AUGAUACAUUUGCUCUCCCUCGCGAUCUCUCGCGAGUUGAAGGGGCGGACCCGCACCGCCACCUUCACAGACGACAUGGCGGCUGUUUAUUUAACCGUCUGCGCCUUACAGCAUCGGUACUUGUGCCGAUAUAUGCCUGGAACAACAGUUUAUAUGAGAACUGGAUUUUACAUGGCACUGCAACCCACAUCUAACACCGCCUGCAAACACAAGAUCGAAGGGGCAGCCAUAAAACGUCGUCGCAGAGAUGACUCAUCACGCAGUGGCGCCACCUACCCUGGAACCUCUGCUGCAAAGGUGAAAACUUACCCUGGUCUCGCGGACGAGGGUGUGGAGUUGAUGCGUUGUUUUCUAACGUUUAGAGCGUGGUGCUCAGGUCAAGUCGCAGUUGAGGCCGGCAUAGCGUCGCCGUCGGGUGCGCGAUGCGACUGCGGGAGGACGGCCAAGGCAUUGGCGGAAUGGUGGCGCGCAUGCGUGCUGCCUUUCCAGGGCCUUCGAUCUAGGGCCGUGGUGCGCGAAAAUGUCACCGCGCAUCCCACACCGCAAAUAACGUUAUAUACAACUUGA